AUGAGGGUCGCUAUCCGCGAGCAGCUCGCCGUGCUCGUCGUCUUUGCCGUUCUCGUCGCCUUGGCUGUCGUGUCCAUCCCGACAUGGGUUUUUGUGAACCGUUUUGUCGGCGACGUGGAGUCCAGCAGCCUGUCGCUGACAGCGUCGCUCAAAGCCGCGCGCGUCUCGUCGGAGAUCGACCUGGUGCAGACGACCUGCGAGAACCUGGCCUCUCGCAUUCUCAUCCAGCAGUCGCUCGUGAACUUCUACCAGGGCAACCACUCCGACAGCAACUGGAGUGAUGCCGAGGCCGACAUGCAGAGUGCUCUCAGCGUUUCGGGCUUCACGAACAUCUACCAGGGCCGACUCUAUUCUCGCAAUACGUCCGGCUCCACGAACGGUCUCCUCAAUGUCACAGGACAGGGUGUCUCCAUAGAGCUGCCAUACGCUUCGCCAAACGGCUCCGACGUCUACCUUGGCGAUCCGGACUUUGGCUAUCCGUACGAUCUAUACCCCAACAUCACAUACGAUGACACCGGCAUGCGCAGUUCUGUCGACAACACCACCGACAACUUUGUUGCGUACGCCUUCCCGAAUGUUCGGCUGACGAACAACGGCGGCCUGCUCUUGGGCCCGCUAAUCAUCAACUCCAGCUUCGCUCUGAUCUCGUUGACGGUGCCGAUCCGCCAGAACAGCAACCAGGGUUUCAUCCUCGGAUACAUGACGCUCAUCGCCUCAGCCACCACUCUUAUUGACAUCCAGGAGUCGAACGAGGGUCUGGGCAAGACGGGCGUCGUGCUGUUCGUCGGGCCAAACACGGUGUGGAAUAGGUUCAACGCCUCGUACCAGCCAAGCAACAACACUUACGUACCGGCUAGCAAAGUUAAGUACGGCGAAGUGGAUGUGCAGUUCAUCCUGCUGCCGCUAGCAGCAGCCUCCGGCCCCAACCGCCACUCACAGCACGACUAUGGCGACGGGACAUUCUCGCGUACCUUCAGGCUGGGCUCGUAUCCAGCUGUACUUGACGCCUUUUCUACCCGGACCGACUCGGUCAACAAUGCCAGUGCCACGCUGUCGACAACGAAUGAGCAGGGCUACCAUGUGGCUGUUGGCGUCGCUCGGCCCCAAUCCACGCUCGUCAGCUGGGCCGUUGUGGUCGAGCAAGACCACAAGGAAGCGUAUGCGACCGUCAGGACUCUGCGAAAGAUUCUGCUGGGCUGCGUCUUUGGCACCGCCGGCCUGGUCAUGAUCCUCACUGUGCCGUGCGCACAUCUGAGCGUGAAGCCCAUUCGCCAGCUCAAGUAUGCCACCGAAAAGUCCAUUGCGCCCCCCGGGUACACGGACGAGGACGAAGCGCCAAGCUCUGCGACGCGGUCUACGCGCUCACGUCUCUCCGAGAAGGACUGGUUUACUCGGAUAUGCCGCAUAGCCGGGCUAGACAAGAAGCCAGCUGCAGUUUUUUCUACCACGAAAGAAGGCAGGGCAGACCAUGAACAUGACGGCCAUACGAUUUUCAAGAUUCCAGGAAAAGUCCCAGAGCACAAGCACUUUAUCACGGACGAACUGACUGAACUCACCAGCACGUUCAAUGCUAUGAGCGAGGAGCUGUUCAAGCAGUACGAGUCUCUUGAUGAGAAGGUGGCCGAGCGCACGCGCGAGCUAGAAAUCAGCAAGAAGGCGGCUGAGGCGGCUAACGAGAGCAAAACGCUGUUUAUAGCCAACAUCUCGCACGAACUCAAGACGCCCCUGAACGGGAUCAUGGGCAUGUGUGCGGUGUGCAUGGAGGAGGACGACAUCUCCCGCAUCAAGCAGUCGCUCAAGACGCUGUACAAGUCGGGUGACUUGCUGCUGCACUUGCUUGAGGAUCUGCUCAGCUUUUCCAAGAAUCAGAUUGGGCACCAGGUCAGCCUGGAGGAGCGCGAGUUCCGGCUGGGCGACGUCCGGUCUCAGGUCCUGUCCAUCUUUGACAAGCAGGUCCGUGAGGGCAAAAUAGUCUUCUCGGUCAACUACGUCAGUUUUGACCCGUAUGAGCUGAUGUCGGCAGCAGGAGAGGCGGCAGAGGGCACGGCUGUGGCCACGGAUGGUGCGGCCCGCACAACGAUGGGGAAGACGUCUGAGCGCAGCGGCACAGACCCGCAGCUUCCUGCGCUCGGUCCUCCUGGCACUGGGCGGCUGAAGGAUAUGUGCCUAUGGGGUGACCAGCAGCGGAUUCUGCAGGUGAUUAUCAACCUGGUCAGCAACAGCCUCAAGUUCACGCCCCACGGGGGUAAAGUGGACGUGCGGAUCCGCUGCAUUGGCGAGGCCGAUCUAGGCGGUGACGAUAGCCGAACAUCAUCCUUCUCCAAGUCAGGCUCGCAUCGUGGGGGUCGAUCUCGUCUUCGGCUAGGAGGUUCGUCGGUGCAGUCGAGCAACUCCCGAAGUAACAGCAACAACAACAGCGGCGCCGUCUCGACGUCAACACUGACCGCGGCAACAUACAAGGGCACGACAUCAGGCACAGCGCUGUCGAUCAACCCGCUCGACCCCAAGGCAGUGCCUACGACGUUUGUCAGCGUGCACGAGCGGUCACCGACACCGCCGCCAGCAGGUGCCAAGACGUACAUGUUUGAGUUUGAGAUUCAGGACACCGGUCCUGGGAUCGCGCCACAGAUGCAGGAGAAGGUGUUUGAGCCGUUUGUGCAGGGUGACCUGGGGCUGAGCAAGAAGUUUGGCGGCACAGGACUCGGACUCAGCAUCUGCCAGCAGCUGGCGACUCUUAUGGGUGGCACGAUCACGCUGAAGAGCACGGUUGGGGUCGGUUCCAUCUUCACGAUGCGGAUUCCGCUCAAAUACGUGAAGGAGCGAGCGUCGAGCACUGCGUCGAGCAGCAUGAAGUCGCGGCCAGCCAGCGUCAGCUCUGUGGACUGCGACAGCCGGCGCAACUCGUUGCUCAAGGCAGCGGGAGCGGAAUCGUCCAAGGCCAAGCAGGCGCCGAUGCUGGACAAGCAGGCGCGGCUGGUGGGUUUGAGUCAGCCGUUUUUCAUGGCCAACACGGUGCAUCAUCCGGUGCAGAGCGCAAAGGACCAGAUGGCAGCGAUCGACAAGGUGCUCGCCAGCAAGGCGAAGAGCCAGGACCGAGUGCGGGUUCUGGUGGCGGACGACAACUCGACCAACGUGGAGGUGGUGAGCCGAAUGCUGAAGCUGGAAGACAUUUACAACGUGACGAUAGCCAAGGACGGACAGGAGGCGUACGACCUGGUCAAGGCCAACAUGGAGAAGAACCAGAUGUUUGACGUGAUCUUCAUGGACAUCCAGAUGCCGAAUCUGGACGGGCUGCAGAGCACGCGGCUGAUCCGACAGAUGGGCUAUUCGGCGCCGAUUGUGGCUCUGACAGCCUUUUCGGAGGAGAGCAAUGUCAAAGAGUGCAUGGAGUCGGGGAUGAACGAGUUUCUCAGCAAGCCGAUCCGACGGCCAGCGCUCAAGCAGGUGCUGCAAAAAUUUGCCACGAUUCCGGAAGAGCCGGAGACAGCAUCGCUGAUGAGGAAUGGGACGCCCGAGAAGGCCAAGCCGCCAGAGGGACUCUCGAUCGAAACACUGGACGCUGUGCAGGAGCCAGACGGGGAGCCAGAAGGGCAAAAGGCCACUCCGAUACAGAACGGCCGAGCGCAGGCCUAG